AUGAGUAUGGACGCUGGCGGUCUUGCUCAAAUGACCUACACCAACUCCUUCAAUAAUGGCAGUUCCCUCGGGGUCCCCGGCUCCGGUUUCGCCUCCCGAGGGAAGGGCUCUCAUAUCAAGCGCCUGAGCGUGCCUCCUCAGGUCGCAACCAUCGACGAGUCUCAGACCUCCACCAUCGCAACCCCGCGCACCAGUCGAUCGCAUCUGCUGGCUGGUCUCCGAACUGCGCCCAAGUCCGCGACCAUCCCUUCUCAGCAACAGCGUUACGCCAUGGAGAGUGGUCGGAUGCCUGCCAACCGAGGCGAUCGCGUCCCCCAAACUGCCACGGGAGCUGGUUUCCCGCAGCACGCGUACACUCCCAACAACGGCAUGAACAACCACCACUACCAUCACCAGCAGCUCCAGAACCGGGACCGGGAACGAGAACGGGAGAGGGAAAGGGAACGGGAACGCCUGAUGUACACCAUGCCGGAGCAAGUGCUUGCACCACCUAUGAUUGACAUUGGCGGCGGUGAGAUGAUGGACGAAAACCUCUACGCGGAGCUUAUGUCCACCAAUCUAUUCCUCGCCGCGCAACAACAGCGUCUUCAGCAACAGCUGAUCAGCGUCACCGCUGCCGCCCAGCAGUUCCAGGGUCUUAACCUGGGAAUUUCUCUCCCUCAACAGCAGCAGAUGCAGUCGCUUAUGCCAGGUAUUGGUUUCUAUCAGCAACAGCUCCAGCAGGGUGUGCAGCCAAUUGUGCAGCCGGUCCCCGGUCAGCCUGGCUUAUUUUCCGUCUACAACCCUCUGACUGGCCAGCAAAGCUAUGUCAUGGACAACAGCGCCCAGGAGGACAACGCGGCAUAUCAUGGAAAUCAGUCGGACUCGCAGGUUCCUCAAUUCCGUGCAGAGAUCUCCCCGCCUGCCGACUCUGCUCCAUCGCAGAUGUAUUUCCCACAGCCAAUCUCUCCUCCCAGUGGCACUCCUUCUCCGCCUGCAGAGUCAUCUGCUGGUGCUUUUCGUCGCAACCACCGCAAGUCCCCAUCCUUCAAUCCUCUAUUGAAGACCAAUAUCGAUACGAACAAGGCGAAUGCUGGUGCUGGACCCGGCCCUCGGUCAGCUGUUUUCCCUCCUACCCCGGCCACUGGAACCUUCGGACCUGGCCAGGCUCGUGCUGGUGAGCACCCGAUCCGCCAACCUCGUGGCCCUCCUUCGCUUGAGGAUCUCGUGGCUAAGCCAACCUCCAAGCAUGAGGGAAGUAAGAACUUUGCCACCCGGCAGCGCCGCCGUGCUGUCCACAAUCUGGUUCGCGCUGGGAUCGAGCGCCGUAGUGAUACCCGCAGCUAUGGGUACAACAGCAGCGGAGGCACCAACACCCCAGCGAGUGAGAAGGAGUUCACCUUCUCGGAUGGUGAUGACGCAACUGUGCGAAGUGGCAGCCUUUCCAGCAAGCCAAGCUUGGGUAGCUUGCGUGCAGCUGCGAACGGUGCCAUCGGAUCUGAGCGCAAGGAGAAGUCCAGUCGCAAGUCCCCCGAAAGCCCUUUUCACAGUGUCACCCCUACGAGUGAGGACGGAUACUUCUCUGCCAAGUUUGCGGAGGUUCGCGCGGAACAGGACUAUUCGCCAACGAGCACUUCGGGUACUUCGUCUCCCUCCGUAGCAGCCGUUGUCGCGGGCCAAGGACAAGCUGCUCAGGCACCCGAGCGCCGCAAGACGCCCAUGCUUGUGUUGUCAAGCGCCGAAAAGCGCAAGACUCCCCUCGUGUAA